AGAGCAGAGCCGUAGGCUUCUAAUCUACUUUCGUGCUCUUCUGGCUUUAAAACCCUUAUCUGGGUGUAUCCUCCUUUUUUUUUUCUAGGGUUUUAGCCGGGGAGCGGUGGAGGAGGAGCGGCGAUCGGAGACGGGCAGGAGUUAUCGGGUUUCAGAUUGGGGAGAGCUUCGGAUUUAUGUCGUUCGAGCUUGUUCGCUUCUUUGCCGGUGAAGAAGACAGUAACGUUAAGAAGCUCAAGUUCCGAUCGUCGUCUUCGUCCCUGCUGCGACCCAACUGUUCCGCUCUGCUCGGCCCUCGGCCGUUCCUCUCUCCCUUCUCCUUUAUGCAAGGGAAGCUGGCGGGUGCAAAGAAAGUCUCCAUGCGCUUUCCUUCUUCCAGGCCUGGAUUUGGAGUGAAGUAUUUUGGGUUUUUACAUAUAGAUCCGGCCAUCUUCCUCUUUCGGCGGGCUACCCUAACUUGACACCUCUGAUCUGUCCUGAAAUCACCAGAUCGUCAAUUUUGUUUUUCAGUUUUUUCCCCUAACCUAUCGAUCUACUGCGUUACUGUAUUUAGCAAAGUGAUUAAAUAUGUCGGGACCUCAGAGACAGCUCCUGAUCCAGGACAUGAUGCGAGCAAAGAUAAAGAAGAAGGCCACCGCCGUCCGGAAAUUUGAAUCGAAGCCCAUGAGAAGGAUCCGCGUACUGUUGAACGACCCUGACGCGACGGAUUCUUCUGGCGACGAAGACGAUCUCUUCCCUGUUCUUAACCUGAAAAAGCGCGUCGUCCGUGAGAUCGCGCUCCUUCCUUUCCGUCUCAACCCUAUAUCUUCUUCUUCUUCGUCCACCUUUACCAUCGACGGUCCCGAAAACCCGAAAAAGCUGAAAACCCUAAAGCUCCGGCGCAUCGCUCCCACCACCUCCUCCCCACGUUUCAAAGGCGUUCGUCAGCGGCGUUGGGGAAAAUGGGCUGCUGAAAUCCGCGACCCGAUUCGCGGAGUUCGGAAAUGGCUCGGCACAUACGACAGCGCAGAGGAGGCCGCCGAAGCCUACCAGGAAGCCUUCACCCGCAUCCAGGCGGAGAAGCUCGGCCUCCAGCUCUCUUCCACUCCGCCGCCAUCUUCCUCCACCUCUUCUUCCAUCUCCGAACGAACUCUCUCCCUCGCUUCCCCUUCCUCAGUCCUAGACGUCUCCGCUCAACAGAUUCCCGCUCCGUCGAAGCCCUCGGAGCUUCCAUUGGCUCCACAAGUGGAGGCUUUCGAUGACAUGGACCCGGUGGACAUAAACUUCACUUUCUCCGGCUGCCCCUCCGCCGAUUUCCUCGUCGGAAACCUCGACGACUCAGGCGAUUUCCUCGUCGGAAAUCUCGGCGACGAUUUCGUCGGUCUCGAUGACCUUCCCCUUUGGGACCCACACUUCGACGGUGGAGAUCUCUCUUUCCUUGACUAGUAUUGGGAAUUUUGCAGCUUAGUCCCUACUUUUUUUCGCAUUUACAUUUAAAUCACAUCGUUAGAGAGUUGAAAGGUAUUAUUAUAAUUAUAUUUUGUGUGUUAUUUAGUUAAACAAAGAGUUGUAAUAGUGACCGCAAAUAUGCUGAAUUGCAGGGGUAUUUUGGGAGAAGUUUUCCACGGGUUUUUUGAAGAGAUCUUUUUGUUCGUAAUAAGAGCUGCCCGUGGGGAUUUUUCUGUAAUUCUCCCACUUUUCUCUGUAUUUGUUAUGGCUGUUUCAAUUAAUGAUAUUAUGAGCAAAUGUUCGCAUAAAA